AUGUGCGACUCAGAUUUUCUCUCUCGUUGUUCCUCAUACGAGGCAGACUUAGAUUCCGACUCCGACGUCUCGAGCUCAACCUCUUGCUCCACGUACACUGAAUCUGAGGAGGAAGAGAUCGACAAUGGCUUUCGUGGUGGUGUGACGAGGCCGACGAAGAAACUGGAGAAGAAGAAGAGCAAUGUGUUGCUGGAAGGUUACGUGGUAGAUGCGGCGGCGGCGGCGAAUGACGGAGAUCGGAGUGAUUUGAAGAGGGCCAAGAGUUUGACGGACGAUGAUCUCGAGGAGCUUAAAGGUUGUGUAGAUCUAGGCUUCGGUUUCAACUACGAGGAGAUUCCUGAGCUUUGUAACACUUUACCAGCUCUCGAGCUUUGUUACUCGAUGAGUCAGAAGUUUAUGGAUCAAGAUCAUCAUCAUACUUCGCCGGAGAAGAAAUCUCUGGUGCUUGAGUCUCCCGUUAGUCCGAUAGCUAGCUGGAAGAUCUCUAGUCCUGGGGACAAUCCUGAUGAUGUGAAAGCAAGGUUGAAAUUCUGGGCACAAGCUGUGGCAUGCACUGUGAGAUUAUGUAGUUGA